CGAGACGCACCGGAUUUCGGCGACGAUGCGGUGUGUGCGGCCUUGGCUGUACACACGAGACGCUAGCCAUGCGCCGUCGCGGUCGUCAACUGUCCGGUUCCGCGCAAUUGGUGCAGCUAGCGUGGACGGCCGUGACUUGCUUUUACAUGAGCCGUGCGAGAUGAGACACAAGGAGAGGAGGAGAUUUUUCUGACGCUCCCGUCUCGCCGCGCACCGAUCGAAUUCGCGACGCCGGAGGCAGAGGAUCCAAUCCAGAGAGACCAUGUCCGCCGCUGCCUCCUCGCCAUCCUCCUCCUCCAUGACGAAGCGGUUGGAAGGGAAGGUCGCCCUCGUCACCGGCGGUGCCAGCGGUAUCGGUGAAACCAUCGUUCGCCUCUUCAAAAACCAUGGCGCGAAGGUCUGCAUCGCGGACAUCCAGGACGAGGCCGGCCAGAAGCUACGCGACGCCCUCGGAGGUGGCGACGACGUCAUGUUCGUCCACUGCGACGUCACGGUCGAGGAGGACGUGAGUGCCGCCGUCGACGCGGUGGCCCAGAGGUUCGGCGCGCUGGACGUCAUGGUGAACAACGCCGGCAUCACGGGGAGCAAGGUCACUGACAUCCGCAACGUGGACUUCGCCGAGGUGCGCAAGGUGUUCGACAUCAACGUGCACGGCGUGUUCAUGGGCAUGAAGCACGCGGCGCGCGUCAUGAUCCCCCGGAAGCGGGGCUCCAUCGUGUCCCUGGCGAGUGUGGCCAGCGUCAUCGGCGGGAUGGGCCCGCACGCGUACACGGCGUCCAAGCACGCCGUCGCCGGCCUCACCAAGAGCGUCGCCGGCGAGCUCGGGCGCCACGGGGUGCGCGUGAACUGCGUCUCGCCGUACGCCGUGCCCACGGCGCUGUCCAUGCCGCACCUGCCAAAGGGCGCGCGCGCCGACGACGCGGUCAAGGACUUCCUGGCCUUCGCCGGCGGCGCCGCCAAUCUGAAGGGCGUCGACCUGAUGCCCGAGGACGUCGCCGAGGCGGUGCUCUACCUGGCCAGCGACGAGGCGAAAUACGUCAGCGCGCUCAACCUCGUGGUGGAUGGUGGCUUCACAUCCGUGAACCAUGAUAUGAAGCAGUUCGAGGAUUAACUCAAGCUGUUAGCAACAUUAAUCACUAUGCCAAUUCUGGGAGCAUUGUCACUAUAAAUUUUUAUGAUCUUCUCUAUAAUUUUGAUCAAAUAUAAAAUAA